AUGGUAGCUGACAUGGGGAAUCGCAUGCACCAGUUUGUGAAUGGUUUUGGGCCACAUUUGAUUGAUGACUUUUUGACGGCCUCAGUUCAAGAGGGUAUGGAUAUUCCUCACAUUCAGGCUCAUGCCCAAAAUUUGGAAGAGCGGCAACAACAGCAAAGGAGUGAGCGUGAGCAUGAUAAGGGUUAUAAUAAGAGAGCUAGAUCCUUACGCCCUAUUUUCAAGGCUUCGGGUUCUCAGUAUAGGGGUAAUUCAGGCCAGAUGAGGCCGCCUUUACCACGGUGUACUCAGUGUGGUAAACUAAAUUGGGGAAAGUACCGAUUAGGUUCAAAUAUCUUUUACCCCUUCGGUCUGUCAGGCCAUAUUAUGCGUGACUGUCAAUCGAGAGGUGGUAGAGGUAUGGUCCAUCCUACAAGAUCAGCAGCUGAUUCUUCAUCAUCUGUACGCCCUCCGAGGCAAAGCUCAUAG